AUGACUCGACUUCGGGUGCAGUUCAUCCCCAGUUCGUAUACUGAAGAUCAAGGCUUCCUCUCCCUCGGCCACAGAGAACCGUCAAGUCGUUCUCACCGCGCCGUGGUGUCCUCCCACGAUCGACAAUGGCACGUCAAGGUUACCUUCAAGGGCGAGCUCCUUUCACAACUUACCCUCACGCGCCCCUUCUCCUUGCCCCAAGGUUCAGCCGGGAAGCCUACGAACUCAAAGGGCGAAGGGUUAAGGCGGAGGUUGGAUCUGAAGUCCCUGAUUUCGUGCAUCGAUUUCGGCCGCCUGACGCUUCUACAAGAUACUGUCACUGAGAUUGAACUGACCAUCGCGGCAAACAAAGACUCACAACGACUGGAGGUGCUCCCGUUGUCGAUGCGUCCAGAACUGGCGGCGACCAGCUACAAUGAGGUCGCUCACCUCCUGAGGUACUCGAUUAGAGAGGAUAGUUCACGUGUGAUUUAUCCAUUGUACGUCAGGGACUCAUCCCCAGUGCGGGAAAUCUGGGCCGAUGAUAUUCAAAAGAAGGAAGAUAUAUCAGGUGCGGUCUAUCGUGUGCAGCUGUCCAAUGCAGCUGCCGGGCAGGAGUAUAUUUUCAAAGCUAUCGACCGGCCGUUCUACCAUCCCACGGACACGGCAGUUAUUCAACAAGAGCUACGGAACUUGAAAGACCUUUUCCGGGUCCCGAAUAUUGUGCGAUUGGCUGGCAUAGUCAUAUCGACGAACCCUUACCAAACCCAGAAAAGCUGUAAAGAUGGCUUGGUCGUGUUGCGAGGGCUUCUAUUGGAAUAUCACCCGGGUGGGACACUCGAAGAGGCGCUGAAAAUCGGUAUCCCACCACAGACCUGUAUAAUCUGGGCUACGCAAGUCGCUGCCGCACUUCACCAACUCCAUCGGAGGGGGAUUACGCAUAUGGACCUAAAGCCAUCGAAUAUUGUUGUUGACUCGCAGGGAAACGCGGUGCUAAUUGACGUCAGUGGCAUUGGGGGUACCACAUAUGAAUGGAAAUCGCCAGAAAUCCGGCAAGAGAUCAAUCCCUUCUCCUUGCCCUUCAGAAACCGAAAGUGGAAUGACAUCUGGGCAUUCGGUCAGUUAGUGGCAAAAAUGGCCACCAGCAGCGGUACAGACUCGAUGAACGAGAUUGUCAGAGCAACAACUAAAGACGACCCCACUUCGCGGAUAGAUUUAUCUACCGUCACGACUAUGUUGAAAAAAUAUUCCCAAGAACAACAACUCGGCGGAUCAAUCCUGCAUUAUUGA